UUGGGCGGUUGGCGCCGGCGCUUCCUGGUGGCUGGGGCGCCAUGGCGCUUCCUUGGCUGCAGCGCGUCGAGCUCGUGCUCUUCGCGGCCGCCUUCCUGUGUGGGGCAGUGGCGGCCGCAGCGCUCACCCGGACCCAGGGUUCCUUCAGGGGGAGCUGUCCCCUGUAUGGUGUGGCCGCCCUCAAUGGCUCUUCCCUGGCCUUAUCCCAUCCCUCGGCCCCAUCUCUCUGCUACUUUGUGGCUGGGACCUCUGGGCUCCUGGCCCUCUACUGCCUCCUGCUUCUGCUCUUCUGGGUCUAUAGCAGCUGCAUCGAGGACUCCCACAGAGGUCCUGUAGGGCUCCGCAUUGCACUGGUCAUCUCUGCUAUAGCCAUCUUCCUGGUCUUAGUGACUGCCUGUAUCCUUCGAUUUGGCACCAGUUCCCUCUGCAACUCCAUCAUCUCCCUUAACAAUACAAUUAGUUGCGCUGAAGCCCAGAAAAUUUCAUGGACACCUCCUGGAACCGCUCUGCAGUUUUACUCCAACCUACAUAAUGCUGAAACCUCUUCUUGGGUGAAUCUGGUACUGUGGUGUGUGGUCUUGGUGCUUCAAGUUGUGCAGUGGAAGUCUGAAGCCACCCCAUACCGGCCUCUGGAGAGGGGUGACCCUGAGUGGACCUCUGAGACAGAUGCUCUUGUUGGGCCUCGGCUUUCCCAUUCCUGAAGAGAAACCCGAGUGCUUCCUGCAGCCAAAGACUCCGUGCCCGAGUGCCUGCAAUCCUGUUGUCCUCCCGUGGCCCUGUUUAUGUCAGGAGCCUUUGUUUUCCCUCCACGAGGGUAACAUGAUGACAGGCCUCCCCUCUACCUCUCUUCCCAUAGUUGUUUUAUACCAAAAUAUUAUAGUACUUUCUUCUUGUU